GUUUUUAACUUGCUCACUGAGGAAGACAUGUUGGCUAACAGUAGUGCUCGUAAAGACAUUUUCCUAGCUCCAUUAUUCUCUAAGUACUCAACUUUUAUGAAGCCUACUCUUUUUAUUAUUAUUCAUUUGCCAAGAGUUUGCUCUGAAUUUCAGGAAUAAAACUCCUAAAGCAAUGGAGCCAUCCAUCCAGCCUUCUGAUUGGAGAAAGACCUAUUAUCUUGUUUGAGAUCUGGUUCCUGCUUUUCUUUCCUGGUUGUAUGAAGACCCUGUGACAACCAGUUAAAAAGUACCUGCAGUUCAUCUGAUCUCAAUGUGAAACCACAGAACAAACAUUUCCUUUUGUGUCCUUAAAUCUCUUUUUAAUUGUUAAUAUUCUGGGCACCCUUCCACCUUUGGGACAGGGAAUCAUAGCAUAGUAUAGUGGGCUGUGCAAGCUAGCUAGUUAGCUACAUUGUGCCCAGGAGGAAAAAGGGGACGUGCCUAUGGAGUGCAGGAAGAUGGCAGGGCCUGCUGCUAUUGGAGCCAGGGGCAAGUACUAUUGAAAUGCGUAUCUCUGUUGAUCUAGAAAAGGUCUUUGUGGUGGAAGUCAGAGUCAGGAACCAUUGUGCUGUGUCUUUAAGUACACUGUAACUCUAUGGGAGGUGCUCUUGUCACUCAGGCCUCACUAGCCAAUCAGGCCCUGUAGGUGACCCGCCAGUCAGAAGUGGUGCAGGGCUCUUCCGGGCGCCGGGCUUCAGACUUGGCUUUGAAGAGGAGCUGGCGCAGGUGGGUUUGUGUGCUGUUCUACCAUUGCUGCUGCAAGGAGCUGAGCACAGAGCUUGGACAAGUUGGGAAAUCACGACAUGAAUGCAGUGUCCUAUGAUGAUGUGCAUGUUGAUUUCACUUGGGAAGAGUGGACUUUGCUGGGUCUUUCCCAGAAGAAUCUCUACAAAGAUGUGAUGCUGGAGACCUACAUGAACCUCACUACUAUAGGAUACAGUUGGGAAGACCCUAAUAUUAAAGAACAUUGUCAAAGUUCUAGAGGACAUCAAAGUCAUGAAAAAAUAUGUACUGUAGAGCUACCCUAUGAAUGUAAUCAGUGUGGUAAAGCCUUUGCAUAUCAAAGUCAUCUUCAAAAGCAUAAAAGAACACAUUCUGGAGAGAAACCCUAUGAAUGUAAUCAAUGUGGUAAAGCUUUUGCUCAUCAGAGUACUCUUCAAAGGCAUAAAAGAACACAUACUGGAGAGAAACCCUAUGAAUGUAAUCAAUGUGGUAAAGCCUUUGCUCAUCAGAGUACUCUUCAAAGGCAUAAAAGAACACAUACUGGAGAGAAACCUUAUGAAUGUAAUCAGUGUGGUAAAGCCUUUGCAUUUAACAAUUAUCUUCAAAAGCAUAAGCGAACACAUACUGGAGAGAAACCUUAUAAAUGUAUUCAGUGUGGUAAAGCCUUUGCUAAUCAAAGUAAUCUUCAAAUGCAUAAAAGAACACAUACUGGAGAGAAACCCUAUGAAUGUAACCAGUGUGGUAAAGCCUUUACUCAACGCGGUCAUCUUCAAAUACAUAAAAGAACACAUAUUGGAGAGAAACCCUAUGAAUGUAAUCAGUGUGGUAAAGCCUUUGCUGAGCAUAGUACUCUUCGAAUGCACAAAAGAACACAUACUGGAGAGAAACCUUAUGAAUGUAAUCAGUGUGAAAAAGCCUUAGCAUAUAAAAGUCAUCUUCAAUUGCAUAAAAGAAAACAUACUGGAGAGAAGCCAUAUGGAUGUAAUCAGUGUCAUAAAGCCUUUGCAUGUAAGAGUACUCUUCAAAUACAUAAAAGAGUACAUACUGGAGAUAAACCCUAUGAAUGUAAUCAAUGUGGUAAAGCCUUUGCUCAUCACAGUAGUCUUCAAAUGCAUAAAAGAACACAUACUGGAGAGAAACCACAUGGAUGUAAUCAAUGUGGUAAAGCCUUUACACGUAAUAGUACUCUUCAAAUACAUAAAAGAAUGCAUACUGGGGAGAAACCCUUUGAAUGUAAUCAAUGUGGUAAAGCCUUUGCAAAUCACAAUAGUCUUAAAUUACAUAGAAGAAUACAUACUGGAGAUAAACCCUAUGAAUGCAGUCAAUGUGGUAAAGCCUUUGCACGUUACAGUAAUCUUCUAAAGCAUAAACGAACACAUACUGGAGAGAAACCCUAUGAAUGUAAUCAGUGUGGCAAAGCCUUUGCAUGUACCAGUAAUCUUCGAUAUCAUGAGAAAAAAGCAUACUGUAGUGGAACCCUAUAAAUGUAGUCAGUGUGGUAAAGUUUUGUACUUUGAUUAUACAGGAGUAAAACUUUGUGUGCCAUCUGUUAAAACCUUUGCAUAUUUCAAUAGUCUUCGAGUACCUGAAAAAGAUACUGAGGGCUUCUUAUUAUAAAGUAUUUGGUAGGAUCUUUAGCCAACACACUUGAAUCAUUUAAACAACAGUAUUGUGUAGAUAAAAAUGUUGACAGUGUCAACCAUCUGUUCACACAUUAUGAUGUCCAUUUUUAUAUUGUUUGCACCAGCUAACUCAUGGGAAAAAUGAAUUUAUGAAUUUAUGAAGCCCUAUGUGUAGGGUAAAAGGGCCAGCCAAAGAAACAUACCUUGACCCUAAAACCAGAGUCAAAGAAACACUUUGUCCCUGAAACCAGAGCCAAAGAAACACAUCUACCCUUGACCAACUGAGCACAAAACCAACCAGUCUCUGAGCUUGAAACCAACCAAUACGUGAGCAUGAAAUUCAGCCAAUCUCCAAACUUGUUCACGCUCAGGGAUUAAAAUCUGACCAAUUCCUGCCCUGAAAAUAUGCCUGGAAAACUGCACCUCUAAGAAUCUUGUUCAUUUGGCAGCUUCCCUUUUCUACCCUGGCAGAGCCACUGCCCUGUAUAUGUUCCUCCAAAAUAAAUGUCUUGAAUGAGUUUUGGGUGAAGAUUUUCUUUUGCCUGAGCAGAUCAGAAAUCCCCUAGUGGAGUGGACCAGAGAAGCAAUGGGCACCUCUACUGAGAAACUACCUUAUGGGAGCAGUGCGGGAGUAAACACUUUUUUCAUGGAGCUGGAGCAGACUGCCACAUUUGUGCAGUGGUUUGUUUUUAGUUGAGUGAAGCAUUUGGGAUGGAUCUGAGAAGAAAUGGACACCUCUGCUGGGAAACUUCCUUAGGGGAGUGGAGCAGAGCCCAGCUGUAAUGGCUUCCUCUCAGGGAGGUCAGGAUUCCUUCAACCUGCUAGGAGACCAUCCUCCAGUGGUUACAGGGUUAGGGUUAGGGUCUGGGUUUAAGGUUUAGGGUUAGGUCAGCAUCAGAGUCAAGGGUUAGGAGGUUAGAUUGUGAGAGAGGAUUGGGUUUGGGGUGGGUGUCUUGAUUCGGGUCAGUUUUAGUAUCCUGGUAAGGGUACUGGUCAAGAUGGUUGGUGUCUGGGUCAGGU